AUGAAUACGUAUUACAUUGAAGAUAAUUUAUUUUCAGAUGAAAAAGGAACUACAAAAAAUCUAAGUCCUAAUGCGUUGAGGCGACAGAAUCUACUGAUCUUGUUUAACAAUACGACGGUUAUUCCAUUUAAAUGUCGCGGUAAAUGCAGAUGUUUUUAUUGUGGCGAGGAAAUCCCCGUUUACGAUGAUUUAAAGAAACACACCAAAGCUCACGGUCCUUGCACGGAACUAGAUCGUGCUAUAAAAUUGAUUAAAACAGAUGAAGCUGAGGUCAAAGUGGAUGUGUCUGAAGUGAUUUGUGAGAUUUGCAAUACACGUUACUCGAAUGUAGAUGAAAUUGUUACGCAUUUAAUUGACGAACAUAAACUUUCGUACAACAGAGAUGUCAAGCUAUUAAUCUCUACGUAUAGACUUAAAGAUUUACGCUGUCUCCUUUGUGAGAAUCAAAAAUUUAAGCUUAUUAGCAAAUUGGUUGCUCACGUAAGUAAUGAUCAUUUAAAUCAGAAUUUAAGUUGUGAUGUAUGCAACCAGACCUUUAAUAAGAAGGGGAAUUUAGAUGCACAUAUGAGAUUUAAGCAUAAAAGUAGCUAUAAGUGUUUGAAAUGCUGUUCAAAUUUCAAUUCAUACGCAGCACUUCAAGAGCAUAAAUUGAAAUCGCACGCAAUUUGCAAUAUCUGUUUCGUGCAGUUUUCCACUCAAAAACGGAGAUUAAAACAUAUGAAAGUGGAGCACGCUAAUGAGGCUUUGAAAUGUGGGUUUUGUCUAAAGUCGAUGAGAACGAGGCUAGGAUUUCUGAGACACGCGGCUAAAUGUACUGUUAAAAGUGUCAAUAAGUCGGAACAGAGAACUUUCAUAAUAGAUGACGAGGAAAGGAAACCUUCAGUAGUACUUAUAAGGAAUAAUAUAGCUUGUAUCCUCAAUAUGUCGACAGCGAUACCGUUUAAAUAUUUCAUGAGCAGAUUUAGAUGUUUUUACUGCACUAAAAACUUUUCUGACUGCCAAGAACUCCGAGAACACACGGUUGUUGAACAUCCCGUUUGUGAUGUUAAUUUUAAGUGUAUGAGACUCAGAAAUAGACAAGAGGGUUCUAUAAAAAUAGAUAUAUCACUCCUAUCUUGCAAGAUGUGUUUUGAAAAUUUUUCAUGUUUUGAUACCUUACUUGAUCAUCUCGUUUCCGAGCACAAAGCGUCCUACGAUAAAAACAUUGAUAGCAACAUACAGCCCUUCAAAUUAGUAAAGAAUAAUUAUCCAUGUCCAAUGUGCAAUCAAAUUUACACACAUUUUAGUACACUGCUAAAACACGUAGGCCAGGUACACACUGAUAAUAAAAAUAUAUGUAUGCAUUGUGGGAAAUCAUUUCGUAAUUUACCAAAUUUAAGAGUACACAUUGCUAAUCAUCAUAGGACCACUGGCAGCUACAAGUGUAAUAGGUGUCAUUUAGAAUUUUCCUCCAAUAAAUAUUUACAAACUCAUCUCGGAAGAAUUCACGGCGUAAAAGUUUUCGAUUGUCCCGAAUGUAAUGAUAAGUUCUCGUCGAAUUAUGCUAUGCAAAGGCACAUGAUCAACAUGCACAGUUCCGGACAUAAGUGUCCAUAUUGUGGGAAGUUAUUUACUUCAAACUGUUUCAUGAUAGAUCACGUGAAAAGGACUCAUUUGAAAGAAAAGAAUGUCGAAUGCCAAGUCUGUUCUGAGAGGUUUUUUGAUAUGCAACGCUUAAAAACUCAUAUGGUAAAGCACAAUGGGGAGAGGAACUUUCAUUGUGAUGUAUGCGGUAAACAGUUCCUAUGGAAAAAGAAUCUAAGAGGUCACAUGGCUUUACACAGUAAAAGUAUUGAUGUUGGAGAAUCCUAG